CUUUUGGGUAGUCAGUCAAGGAGCCACAGCACACAGCGCUGUUAAACUUCCUUACGCGCCUUUAACAGGAACCAGACCAUGUUAGCCCUGGCCGUACGUGAGCUGAGCUUGUGCUGUGCUUCUUUCCUCCUUUUGCAUGGAGUGCAGUCUGAUUCCAGUUUGACCAGCAAAACUUUGGAGCUGAUGUCUAAAUACCGUUUAAUAGAUGGACACAAUGACCUCCCUUUGCACCUCCGCAUUCGCCACAAUAGCAAUCUCAGCCAGGUGAAUUUGUACAACAGCCCGCACACUGCUACGGAUAUAACCCGCCUCCAAACCGGUCGUGUUGGAGGACAGAUUUUUGCAGCAUAUGUGUUAUGUUCAGCUCAAGACAAGGAUGCUGUUAGAUUGGCAUUGGAACAGAUUGAUUUAAUAAGACGUAUGUGUACUGAAUACCCAGAGCUUGAGUUGGCUACCACUGCUGCAGAAAUGACCUCCACAAAGAAGAUAGCUUGUUUGAUUAGUGUAGAAGGAGGCCAUGCAAUUGAUAGCAGUUUGCCAGCUUUGCGCAUGUUCUACCAACUUGGAGUGAGAUCUGUGACCCUCACACACACCUGCAACACACCGUGGGCUGAAAGCUCAUCCCUUUAUUACACCUACUACAAGAGAGACAACAAUGCUUUGACGGAUUUCGGCAAGGCAGUAGUCCAUGAGAUGAACAGGCUGGGAAUGUUGGUUGACCUGUCUCAUACUUCCUGGGCUACGGCACGAGCCGUGCUGCAACUUUCCAAAGCUCCAGUGAUCUUCAGCCACUCCUCCGCCUACACCAUCUGUAACAACUCACGCAAUGUUCCUGAUGAGCUGCUUCUCUUGCUGAAAAAAAAUGAAGGGCUCAUCAUGGUGACCUUCUACACUGAUUUUAUAUCCUGUGGUGCACCAGCAAAUGUCUCUCUUGUAGCUGACCACUUUGACCAUCUUAAGCAUGUAAUAGGAGCAAAGCACAUUGGAAUCGGUGGUGACUAUGAUGGGGCCAGUGUUUUCCCUCAGGGUCUGGAGGAUGUGUCUAAAUACCCAGCUCUGAUUGAAGAACUAAUUACCAGGAACUGGAGCGAGGCAGAACUGGCGGGCAUAUUGAGGCUCAACUUCAUCCGAGUGUUUGAGAAGGUAGAGAAGGUACGUAAUGAACUGCGCAGCACCCGCCCCAGUGAGGCAGUCAUCCCCUCUGCAGAGGCCCACAAUGAAUGCCGUUUGGUGCUGAGGCGUCCGAAUAUACCCAAAGAAGUCAAGUCAUCUGGUACGCGUGCAAGUAAUCUUUUAAGCCCAGGUGCUCUGUUUUGGACUCUUCUCCUCUUCCAUGUUUUGUUGCUACAUAAACUGGCAUAUCUGAAUUAAUGCUGAUGCAAAAAAAG